AUGUAUCGUUUACAUAGUAUUAUACAAAUCGGACCCAGUAAAACAAAAUAUUUUUGGAUGCGACAAUUUUACGCUAGGUUUGCAAAGGAUGUAAAAUUUGGAUCUGAUAUUAGAUCUUUGAUGAUGGAAGGAGUUGAUAUAAUUGCUGAUGCAGUUGCUGUUACCAUGGGUCCCAAAGGACGUAAUGUUAUUUUAGAACAAGCAUUUGGACCACCAAAAAUAACUAAAGAUGGGAUGACUGUUGCCAAAAGUAUUGAAUUAAAGGAUAAAUUUGAAAAUAUUGGGGCAAAAUUAGUCGCAAAUGUAGCAAAUAAGACUAACGAGGAAGUUGGGGAUGGAACUACAACCGCUACAAUUUUAGCACGAGCUAUAGCUAAGGAAGGAUUUGCAAGUAUUUCUAAAGGAGCUAAUCCAAUUGAAAUCAGAACAGGAAUUAGAUUAGCAGUUGAUUGCGUCGCAGAGAAACUUACAUCAAUGUCAAAAUUAAUAAGUACGUCAGAAGAAAUAGAACAAAUUGCAACAAUAUCUGCAAACGGUGAUAAAUCCAUUGGACAAUUUAUCGCAACAGCAAUAAAUAGAGUUGGAAAAGAUGGUAUUAUAACUGUCAAAGAAGGAAGCACUUUACACGACGACUUAGAAAUAAUUGAAGGUAUGAAAUUGGAGAGAGGUUAUGUUUCACCACAUUUUAUCAAUUCUUUAAAUGGUUCAAAGGUUGAGUAUAGUGACGUACUCGUUCUUCUUUCUGAAAAGAAAAUAUUUAGUGCCCAACAAAUUAUUCCAGCUAUGGAGAUCGCACAUACACAUAAAAAACCAUUGCUUGUUAUCGCUGAAGAUUACGAAGAUGAAAUUUUAUCAAUUUUAAUAGUGAAUAAAUUAAAAAUCGGCUUGGGAGUUGUAGCAAUCAAAGCUCCUGGUAUCGGAGAACAGAGAAAAAAUGUUUUAAUGGAUAUAGCUACUGCGACGGGUGGUGUAGUUUUUGAGGACAAUGCUAAUCUAAUUAGACUUGAAGAUUGUCAGCUUGAAAGCCUUGGAAGAGUUGGCGAAAUAAUGGUUACAAAAGAUUACACCCUGUUGUUGCGAGGGAAGGGAGAUAAAAUAGAGAUAAAAGAACGCAUUGAACAAAUUCAAUUGGAAUUUGAAAAUACGAAAAGUGAUUUUGAAAAGGAAAGGCUUUUGGAACGUAUUUCGAGACUAAACUCUGUAGUAGCUGCUUUGAUUAUAGGUGGCAGCAGUGAAUUUGAAGUAAACGAAAAAAAAGAACGGGUUAAUGACGCUCUUAACGCAACACGCGCCGCUAUUGCAGAAGGUAUAGUACCUGGGGGCGGAGUAGCGUUCUUACGGUGUAUUCCAACGUUGGAUAAAAUAAAACCAAUUAACACAGAUCAGGCUACUGGAAUAAACAUUGUAAGAAAAGCCUUAAGUAGUCCAUGUAUUGCUAUUGCAAAAAAUGCAGGCUACGACGGAUCUGUUAUUGUAACAAAAAUAAACAAUUUAUAUUCUGAUUAUGGAUAUGAUGCUUUAAAUAACGAUUACGUAAAUUUAAUUGAAAAAGGUAUAGUAGAUCCAACUAAAGUACUAAGAUGUGCGCUAACAACUGCUUGUGGAAUCGCAUCUCUACUCACAACAGCUGAAGUUGUUAUUUGUGACAAGAUAAAAAAGAGAUGA